AUGCUCUUCGCCACCAUGCUCUCCGCUGUCACUCUGCCUGUCCUCGCAGCCGCCUCACCCAUUGAACUGGACCGCCGCGCCGGAGGCCCCGCCAUCGUCCCUCUGGCCUCAAACUGCACACUCAUGAACCCUCUCCCACACGCCUCUCAACACCCUGGCAACGCCAGCAUCUCCGGCUACCAACCCUCUGCCCUCUUCUCCUCAUCUCAAAUCUACUCCUGGUACAUCCCCCAGCCCGACUUCAUCUCCCAGGAAGCCCGCUGGUCAAACUGCAUCCAGCAGUGCAACGGUCUCAGUGGCUGUGUAUCUGCCUUUAUGGCUUACAAUGCGCCUCUGCCCAAGGGAUGGCUGGGUCUGCCUGGCGGAGAGCUGGAGGUUGGCUGCUUCAUGUUCAACAAGACUCUGACACCGCUUGAUUUCGUUGCCGCUGAGAAGGGCAACUACGUCAAUGCUACUGCUGGAAACAUUUAUUGUCCCAAGGGUGCUUCUGCCACGGCAAAUGCGUCGAGUGCAAAGACCACUGCGACCAAGAAGAAGCCUGUCAAGGUUGUUGCUUAA